UCUGCGCAGUACGAAUCCUCGCAGAGCGCCUCAGGUCAGCUUUGUGCGCGUGCGUCUUAUAAAUGGACGCUUCAGUCUGCGCGGGAGUUAUGAACUGACGGCUGGCUGAGAAGGGGUUGGGGAUGGCGCGGAGAAACAGAAAGACAGUAGAUUAUUCUCAGUUUGGAGAUGCAGAUGAUGAUGAUGAUGAAGACUUUGCAAGUAUAGCUGUACCAUCAAACAAAAAAUCAAAAAGGAUGCGCUCUGAGUCAAAGAAGGAGAAAAAGGAACUGCAGAAUAAACUGCCCAAAGGGGACUUGCAGAAAAGAGCACCAAACAAAAGGGUUGCCUUGGAUGACAAGCUUUACCAGAGAGACUUAGAAGUUGCAUUAGCAUUGUCAGUGAAUGAACCACCUCUAGGCACCUGCAAAGUAAAAGAUUCAGAGGAACAAGCCCAGAAUGAAAGUGAAAAUGAAUGUGACCAAACCGUAAGAGAUUUCAAACAAAGAACAGCGGCACCUCAGGAGAAGGUUCUGACCGAAAGCCAAGAUAGUGGAAAUACUGCUCACAGUUGUGAUCCAGAGAUGGUUUCAAUUUCAGCUGAAGAAUCAGAAGCUAAUUCCAGCUUCAGUGAAGACUCUCAUGAUGAAUUUCUUAUGAAGAAAGCAACUAAAGAAAAUGGAAAGAGCGGAAGGAAAUUAAAUGCUAAAAAUGCAAAAGCAAAGGCAACAGCGAAACUGAAAAUGAGCUCUGUGGUUCAAGCAAAACCUCAGCCAGCUCUGACCAGAGCCCCAAGUUCUUCAGAACCAGUGGGAAUGCCUUUAAAAACAUCAAGCCCUACAGCACCCAAGAGGCCCAGCUGGACACCGCCAGCUGCAUCUGGAAGCAGUAAUAACCCACUGGGCAGAGUCCUUGUGAAAUCACCUACUCAGAAUCUCAGGCUUGGCCUUUCCAGAUUGGCAAGAGUGAAGCCCCUGCACCCUUCAGCGUCGCCACCAGCAUCUGAAUGACCCCGUGAUGAUUUUAGAGGUCACGCAUUGCAAUGUGUGUGUGGCACCUUAUGUGGUCUAUGGAAGUCACUAAAAGUGUAGCCACCCCCAGCAGGCCAGGACAGAUUCCUCAAGACCUGCAAUAUCCAUCUAGAGACCUGUCAGGUGGAUUCAGAGCAGUACUUGUGGAUCUCCAUUGAUGAAAAUGAACUUUCCUGCCCUCCUCUGUUCCUGGGCAACAAAAACAGUGUUGGGGUAAAAGUGUGGGUCUACAGUGGGAGGGCAGAACUGGCAGAAAAAUCUCUCCUCCUUUGAUAGAAAAGCCUUCCAUCAACUGAAGAUGAUAUUUGGAUCCAUUUCAGGAUUUUUAAACACUGCAAAGGGCUCAAUAUACAUGAUGAAGCUUAUUUGUGUAACAUAUUUAAUUAAAAGCCGUCUCCAAAUUACAA